GACGUUCCACACAUUUUGUUUUUGUAGGAACGUUCGUCGUCAUUGCUUUCCUAUUCCGAUUUGCACCGCCUCAAUUUUCAUUGAAGUUUUGAGUUUUGAUCAACUUUGACGGAUUUUCGUUAUAUUUUUGGGCCACAACGCGACAAAAUUAUUACUUGUUUGUAUAGCCUAUCGAAACCGAAAAAUUCGUCUUCGCGAAUGUAUUCAUCAGAUGAAAUAUUAAAGAAAUGCGUUUUAUGAACUACGUGGCUCAACUGUAAUGUAAAUGUAGGUUUAUAUCAAUAAUAAACGAUUGGUAUCUUCAAACGAUUUUGUGGCAAACCAUAGCGCCAAGUUCCGUUUUGUGAAAAGACCUUCAAAAAAGUGAAGUGAAAAUUCUUGUGCUUGCCUAGGAUAAUUGAUUUUUCUGGUUCAAUUUGAUAAGUGUUUCUUUCUUUGGUUAAAACGAAGCUUAUGGAACAUCAAGAAUACGAGAAAUAUCAUUGAAUGUCUGUUCUUGUGAAUCAUUUUAACAUUGUUAAGAUUGGUAAAGCCAGUAGAUUCCCACAAUUGUGUAAUUUCCAAUAAUACCGGGAGGCGACAAUUUCUUCUCAGUCGCCGGAAGUUUGAAAAACUGGAGCAGGUAGAAAAAUCGUUCGUAUAGAAUGGGUGAAACGGCCAAAACGCUCCCUUCCCAGGUCGAGCCUGAGAUGAAGGGCUGGCUUUUAAAGUGGACGAACUAUCUAAAAGGAUACCAGAGGAGGUGGUUUGUCCUCUCCAAUGGGGUACUUUCUUAUUACAGUGGUCAAAAUUAUCGAUCAUCUGGAUCAAUGGUUCAGUUGAAUAACAGUGAAAAAAAUAUCCAUUUUUCACAAAAUCGCCGACAUUCAAAGAAUCAGGCUGAAAUGGCACACACUUGUCGUGGCACAAUAUCACUACAUGGAGCUCUGAUUCACACCGUCGAUUCUUGUACAUUUGUUAUAUCAAACGGUGGAACGCAAACAUUUCAUAUAAAAGCUGGAAACGAAGUUGAACGUCAAUCUUGGGUGACCGCUCUUGAACUAGCCAAAGCAAAAGCUAUACGUGCAAUAGAAAGCGAAGAGGAAGAGGAAGAAACAACGUCACAAGCAAUACCUAGUGAAGAGUUGAAUGCGGUUGUCAGGGAUUUAUCUGGAAGAUUGGAAAAUCUACGAACUUGUUAUGAUCUUAUCUCGAAACACGGUACAGCUUUGCAGCGUGCACUUACGGAUUUGGAAUCUGGUGAGGAUAUAGCAACGAAAAGUAAAAUAGUUAAUGAACGUGCAACGUUAUUUCGUAUAACAUCGAACGCCAUGAUAAAUGCAUGUAGCGAUUACCUACAAACUGCUCAGAGUCAAGGACACAAAUGGUCGAAAAUGUUACAACAUGAGCGUGAUCAACGGCAAAAGUUAGAAGAAAUGGUUGAGCAGCUGGCAAGGCAACAUUCACAUUUGGAACAAGCUGCGCAUCGUCAUAUACCAAAUGCCACUACAUCUACAACUUCAGACGAUGAGGACAACGAAUUUUAUGAUGCACAAGAAGAAGGUGCUUCAAUAGCAUCACAAGAAGACGCUUUUAUACUGAAGAUACCCAUGUCAAACAGGCGUGAUUCUCAAGACGGAGCGGGUAGUUCUUCAGAAAGUGAAGAAACGAAAAGCGAAACGAAGCAGGUAAAUAAUGGGGUUUUGGUAGUAGCACAAGAGGAAAACACAAACAUAAUGGAUGCAACAGACAAAUCUCUUAUACCAACGGGCAAUCUUAACAAUAAAGAUAUAAGUAAACCAGUAAGGAAGAGAAGAACAAGAGUUCCAGAUAAACCAAAUUAUCCGCUGAAUUUAUGGUCUAUUAUGAAAAAUUGUAUAGGGAAAGAGUUGUCAAAAAUUCCAAUGCCAGUUAAUUUCAACGAACCACUGUCAAUGCUGCAAAGAUUAACGGAAGAUUACGAAUAUGCUGAACUCCUCGACAAAGCCGCAGAAAUGAAAGAUCCUUGCGAACAAUUGGCUUAUGUUGCGGCGUUUACAAUUUCAAGCUACUCUACUACAGCAAAUCGAACAGGGAAACCAUUCAAUCCACUUCUUGGGGAAACAUACGAUUGUGAUCGGAUGGAUGAUCUAGGUUGGCGUUGUAUAGCAGAGCAGGUGUCGCAUCACCCACCAAUGGCAGCGAUGCAUUGCGAAGGGCGCAGUUGGAUAUGCUGGCAAGAGUUUACAAUGACAAGCAAAUUUAGAGGGAAAUAUUUGCAGGUGAUACCGCUUGGCCUUGCUAAAGUGGACUUCACCAAUAGUGGAAAUAAGUAUAUGUGGAGAAAGGUUACAACCACCAUUCACAAUAUAAUUGUGGGCAAAUUAUGGGUAGAUCAUCAUGGUGAUAUGGAAAUUGUAGGGCAGAAUGCAGCGAAAGGAAUUAAAUGCCAUCUUAAGUAUGUACCUUAUUCCUAUUUUACCCGAGAAUCACAAAGGAGAGUGAAGGGGGUUGUUAUGAACAGAGAAAACGAGGUAAAAUGGGUAAUAAAUGGAACAUGGGAUAACAAAAUAGAAAUUGCCCCCGUAAUAUCCACGUCGGGGACAACUGAUAGCCCUGUAUAUAAAACUGGAGUAUAUAAAACAAUCUGGUCCAGACGAUUACCUCCGACAGAUAGUGAUAAGUAUUAUAACUUUACCAUUUUGGCGUGUCAACUCAAUGAGCCUGAGCCUGGUGUUGCUCCGACUGACAGUCGUUUAAGGCCUGAUCAACGUCUUAUGGAAGAAGGGAUGUGGAAUGAAAGUAAUCAAGAGAAGAUGAGGUUGGAAGAAAAGCAGCGUUCAUCGCGUCGACAACGAGAGGCUGAGGCGGAGCAGGCAGCUGCCGAAGGUCGUCCUUACCCUCCAUAUGAACCACUUUGGUUUAAAAAGCAACGGGAAGAGGGAACAGAUAACCUAAUUUAUGUGUAUCGAGGUAGUUACUGGGAAUCGAAAGAAAAGCAAGAUUGGUCGCGAUGUCCUAAUAUCUUUUGAGAGUUAGAGAUGAUUUGAAAAAAAAUGUUCCAUUCAUUUCUCCUAACAUCAAAAUUUUCCUCAUUUUAUUGAUUGACUUUAGACUUAAUAAACACAAAUGCAAAAUUGUAAAGAUAAUAUUUAAUCAAACUAGGUGCGAGCUUCAUAUUCUGCUUUCCUAAUAUUAAUCAGAAAAGUAUUGAUUCGAUUUUUAUAGUGAACUAACGAAAGAUUUUACUUAUGAGAAAUGUCAUUUUGAAAUGAAACAACUAUCUUAGCCAUUCGAAUAUUCAAAAAAUAAAAAAGAUAAGCAAUCGUUUAAUCUUUACAUUCAUUUUUAUGCGGAAAUUCUUUCUUAAAUUCAUCGUUUAAUGGAAAUAAAAUCUGAUUUCAUUAUCCUGCAGAAUACAGGGCAUCAUGCUAAAACUGAACAACAAAAAGAAACCAACAAAUAACUCCAAUAUUAUUCACAAAAAUGAUGGCUUGGGUCAUUUUCUUACAUACAUAAACGAGCAAAAGAGAAUUGGAUAGAAUUAUAAAUAUAAAAUACUGAAUUAUAAUAUUUCGUUAACAACAACUAAAUUUCAGAUAUAAUAUGCGGAAAUAUUGAAUAUUUUUUAGGAAAAGGUUGAGAUGUAGAGCUCGUUUUAGGUGAACUGCUGUGAAUGAUUUAAAAUUUGUUUAAUAAAAAUGAUUAUAAACAUAA